CAUUGUAAGCAAUCAGGCAAAUAGAAGCUUGCAGUCGUGCAGUGCACAGGCACUUCUUUCCAGAAGGCAGAGAGCAAUGCUCAGUCUACUGACAGGCGGGCCAGCACACCGACAAGAAGUCAGGACAUAUUCUCAUAGCACCAACACACGGUAACGCCACCAGUGGGUCUUCUGAAGCCCACUUUCACUCUCCUGCGUGUUAUUGCCCCUGUAUGCAUGUUCAACCUUGUCUACUGCUGCCAGUGAAGACCUGCAGAUGCCCUCAACCACAGGCUUACUUCUCAACCCUGCAUCUGUCUCAACACUCACACCAGCGCUGUACCCGCGGGAAGAGGAUACACAUGUUUUAUUGACAGAGCUACAGGUGGUUUGAGUUUCAGCCUCUUGUGGACUUGGAGAAUUUUUUGUUUUUUUUUCCUGUGUGGUGAGCUGUGGCAUCUUUGGAGCCGGUAUGUUGCAUAUUGUUGUGGCAUGUAUGGUAUUCGUCCUGUUGGGCUCGGGGCAGGCUCAGGUUGCCACACAGACUCAGGGGCAGGGGAGUCGCAGCCAGGGGCAGGACAGCGCUGCCACUCCAUGGAGGCAGGUGAUUCAGUGGGAGAACAAUGGUCGGGUGUUUAGCCUGAUGAACAGUGGAGCUGAAUAUGUCCCUGCUGGGACAGGAACCCAGGACAGAGGUCCCAGGGUGGUUGUGGCAGAUUCUCGCCCACGCUCCUCAGGUAGACCUCAGGGAGGCAAUGUCCGCCGACAGGCUCCAUCAAGAGGAUCCUCUGAGACAGUGCGCGGGCAGGCAAGGCAUCCCUUUGGCUUUGGGCAAGUGCCUGACAAUUGGAGACAAAGCACAGGCAGCACAGGUGGAGGCCAGUUCCAGGGAUCCACUCGCUUCAGGCAAUCUGCAGGGUCUUCAUCUUCAUCGUCAUCAUCAUCUUUCUCUGCAUCCUCUUAUAAUGUACCGUCAUACCCACAGUACCCUCUUCCUCAGCAGUCUCCCUUCCAACCAGUACCUUACGACCCUAGUUACGUAGAGGGACCAGCCAGGAGCUAUGAGCCUCCCUUUCAGCCUGCUGUCGGUGGGGCAUAUGGCGGUGGAGGAUACGGUGCUGGCCGGGCUUAUACUGGAGGGGGGUAUGUAGGUGGUGGUCUGGCCCCAGUGCUCCCAGGCUCGCCCUCUGAUUUUACUGACGACAGCUACCGCUACUACCAAUCUUACAGCUAUGGGUCCAAUCCUGCGGUUCCUGCACGUGCUGCCCAACCACCAUUUGCAGAUGGUCUGGACCACAGAUACACCCACAGUCUCUACAACGAGGACACUGCCCCUGCACUCCCUGCCAUCCCUGCCCCCGAUGCCAACCAGGCCACAACCAUGAUAGUGGACAGGACAGGAUCAGCUGGUCAACAACCAAUCAGGAGCCCACAGUAUGAGCAGUUUCCCCCAUUUGGAAGACCCCAGCCUCCUUUCAUGCAGCCCAUUGCUCCAGGCAGAAAUUCUCCCAACUCUGCCCUGGAGAACCCCAGUAUGAACGUUGGGAGUGUGUACCGACCAGAGCAGAGAGGUUUGCCUGACCUGGUUCCUGAUCCCAAUUAUGUCCAGGCUUCCACCUACAUCCAGAGAGCCCACAUGUAUUCUCUCCGAUGCGCUGCAGAGGAAAAAUGUCUGUCAAGCUCUGCCUAUAGCCCUGAGGCCACCGACUAUGAUGUACGGGUCCUGCUGCGUUUCCCACAGAGGGUGAAGAACAAGGGCACCGCCGACUUCAUGCCUAACAGGCCACGUCAUACCUGGGAGUGGCAUAGCUGUCAUCAGCACUACCACAGUAUGGACGAGUUCAGCCAUUAUGAUUUGCUGGAGGUCAGCACUGGCCGUAAAGUGGCGGAGGGUCACAAGGCUAGCUUCUGUCUGGAGGACACCACCUGUGACUUUGGCCAUUUGAAGCGCUACGCCUGCACUGCUCACACUCAGGGUCUGAGCCCAGGCUGCUAUGAUACAUACAAUGCUGAUAUUGACUGCCAAUGGAUCGAUAUCACGGACAUCCAACCUGGAAACUACAUACUGAAGCUCCAGGUUAAUCCCAAAUUCUUGGUGCUGGAAUCAGACUUCACCAACAAUGUGGUCAGGUGUAACAUUCACUAUACAGGACGCUUUGUUAGAACAACUAACUGCAAAAUAGCACAGUCUUGAUCAGGCACUGGAUGGCUGCCAUACUAGAGUGAAAUGUGAAUGGAAUCCAUUUGUUGUUGGUUCAUUGUUGAUGUUGUUUGUCUCUACUAUUCUGUUUUGGUAUCCUGGACCCAUGGCAAACAAGGGCUCCACUGGCACUGAUAAGAAUGUGGGGUUUUAAAGUAGACACACAAACAACGUUGCAUAAUGCAUAUUGCACGUUGAUAUCCCAAUAAUGAACCAACAGUUCAGAUCCCUGCAAUCUAUGUUAUAAUAUUGUCCAACCAACUAUAAUUCUCAUACUGCAAUGCUAUCAGUCUGGUUUGGUUACAUGCUAGGACACAUCAUUGACUUUCCAAAAAGUUGUUUACUGUAUCUGAACACAAAUAUCUAUGCAGACCCCCCACAGAGUGGCUUUGUUUGAAUUAUAAAUAAAGCAUUAAAUGGUGCCGGUGCAUAAAUGAGUGGCUCCACACAAGUCAGGGUUCAGCAGAAAUCCAACAAAUAAAAUUAGGGGACAAAGUCUUCCCAAGUGCAUUUAUCCAUGCAGUGUGGGGACAGACAGAGAUGCCCAGUGACUCAGAAGAACCCUAAUGUGUUAGUUUUUUUUUUUUUUUUCCUCUCCACUGCCUCAAUGGGUCAGGCUGGGAUACUGUGAUUCUCUGGGCACAUCCUGUUUAAUGUUGUGUUAACAGCAAGAGGAAGAAAGCAGGUCCUAUUUUCAUUUGUCAGCUCCGUCAAAUUGUAAGUCAUCAUAAAGACAGACUGUCAGCACUGGGUGCUGUACUUCUCCAAAUCCUUGGAUAUAGGCAUUGUGUCCCCAUUCGUCAUUUCUUAUAUCAGUAAAACAGGAACAGGAAGCUCAACUGGCAGAAAAGGGUGCUUUCCAGAAAACAAGACUCACAGUAUGUAAACUGUAUGCUUACACUGUCUUGAGGUCUUUUCUUCAACUACCAACACUGGUCAGAUGGCACAUGAGUCAUCUAUACCUUUUGAAGAAUGUAUAUACAAAUAUUCCACUGAUGCAUGACUUUAAUGAUGGAGAAUAUUUUGUUGUUACUGUGCUUUGUUUAUCCACUUUGACCUGUUACUGUAAUUUGUGAAAUCUAAUGAAUUUAUAUAUUUUCUUGAUAAUCUGAAUAUUCAAAUAGAAUGUGUUGUUGGAAAAAACACUACUGCUACAGACUUAGUAUGAUAAUGCAGAGUGCCAGAAAGCCGUCUCUACCUACCUCUCCACCUGAGUGAGCUGUUGUUUCCUGUUAAGUGUUUGGUUUCCAUUGGAAACCCCUGCAAUUACUGACUGUGGCCUCCUGCCAUUCUGUUGCAGCACAUAGCUGAAACCCUGAUUUAUCAAAGAACACAUGAUUUGGGAUGACUAUCACUAAUGAAUUAAUAUUCCAAAAGAUUUAAAUUUAUAAUCCUUAAGAUUUCACUCCUGGUUGAUACAGCUGUGGUUCAAUACUACAGAUCCCAUAAUUCUGGGGGUAGCACUCACUCCUUUAACUUUUGAAGAAAUACAACAUGAGAGCAAGUGGUGUAUCUCGUUACAGUGCAGCCAAACCAACUAAUGUUUGAGUCAGUCAAUAAUUGGCCCUCUUCCAUCAUAUCAUGAGCAACCAUAAUCUUAUGCUGCACAUAGUGCAAGUAGUAUUUUACACAACAGCAGGGCACAGUAACAGUUGUACAGUCUGUCGAGUGCAACACUUCACUGUGGCUGGUCCUUUUUCAUCUAUUAUGAAAAACGCCAACCAUAAAUAGUAGCAAAAAUGGGAUUUGAUGAAAAUCUUAAAGAUAAUUACUUUGAUAUCCAUGAGUGUGAUUAGUGAAGCAACCUUUUUUUCAGUAGCAAUCUUUUACCAGUAACAGUGUGUGAUCAGUAUGUAUUGAUCAAACAUUGAUAGAGUGCCAAAAUUAGUUGUUUUUUUACCAUUAAAUUUGGUUAAGUUUGUUUUCAUUCUGCAAUUUUAAAUGCUUUUUGAAACAGGCGUUCUAUUCUAAAUGUAGAAUAGGCCUAUUCUUUGGUAUCCAAUUUACAGUAAUACCCAUAGGUCUUUUAUAUUGUACUGUAAAUAGUCAGUUCUUUAAUUUGAUCCAAAACAACAAGUCUUUUACUCUGGUAGCUCAUGAUAAUACUGUACACUCACUGAGAAAGUUGCAUCAACAUGUGAUUCUGACACUCAGUGGAACGACAGCACAAGAGUAGGUGACAGUUAUACAGCAUCUUUGACAUGUGGUGAUGAAAUUUGUAUUUCUCUUACAGUUGAACACCUGUCAAAAUGUCAUAUACAAUAAAUACAUUUACACAUCU